AGUUUGAUUUCGGUGUUCCUUUUUUCUUGUUUUGUGAAAACGCGAAGAAUAUUUGCGUACCAUUACGCAUUUGUUGCGUAUCAGUGACCGAUUUCAAACAUACAACGCCAACUACGUAGAGUUUUAUCAAAUACCAUUAUCAAAAUGAUGGAACAGGAGAUGCUAAACAUACCAAGUGCAAAAGACGAUCUGGAAGAUGGAGAGCUAUCCGACAGUGAUAGCGACGGAUACACCCCGUUAGCCCGUCCGGAGUUACCAAAGAGCGACUUCACCGCACCAUCUGCAGAUCUGGCGCGCCAAAUGGAAGUGGUCGUAUCGGACGAACAGGACGACGACGAUUUGCUGCAUCCGGCGAAAAGUGACUCCGACGGUAGUUCAGAUGAAAGCGACGGGAACGCUCGACUAGGAGCGCUAAAGUACACACAGAGAAUGCUUGGCAAGGGGCGCGGGGCACUGCAUCAGUCGCCCGGUGGCCGGAAACGUCCCAUCGUGUCGGCGCAUUCAUCAUCAAAUGGGCAAUCGAGCGGACCGACGGCUCGGCCCCCGCCACCACCGCCACAGACGUCGGCAGCCCAACGUCCGAACAAAUAUAACAUCUGGACAGAAAGCCUGCAGGAAGACACACUGAUGGAGACAAUGCGUGGUUGUGAUGUCACACCGCAUGCGCUCCGCAAUAGGGAUGUAGAGUCGUACGACUACAAACUGAAGGCUCGUCUGCAAGGAGGUAACGCGUUCGAACGGCUGAAACGACGUCAGUCCAAUUCGGACGAUUCCGAUGGCUACAGUGGUGGGGGAAAGCGUAUGCGUACGGCACGCCACGAUUACAAUACGGAAGGAGUAGACCAGGCGAGGCGAGUUAGUGUUAAGGAACGCAUCGGCAAACGCAACACUAGCACAGAUAGCAAUAGCGAUGACAGUGCCCAGAGUGCUCCGAGAUUUUCUUGUAGGCACAUACCAGAUUUGAAUCUCGAAGCGGACUGUAGCAACGAAAAGUUUGCUAUCGAGCUGGCAGAAAAAUUGAGCGAAACGCACACCGAGUUGCUGCAGCGUGUGGUGGACGUUCUAGGAAAAGAGAUACCUCUAAAACUCUUCAAAGAAACUCAGAAAAUCGAAGCGGAUGGAGGAAUGCUCGUCAUGAAAGGUUGGCGACGACGCACACCGGGUGGAGUGUUCCUAUUUCUUCUCAAACACUGUGAAGACGUCGAGCAGGAGCUUAAAAGGUCCAUCUUCCAGGAAGAUAAGAAAGCGAAGCAAAAAGAGUGGAAGCUCACAAGGGCAAUCAAUAGGGACAUGAAGGUGGAAGAACUCAAGAAAACGCUCAAUCGACAAGCGAGCGAAAUCGAGUUGCCAUCGAUGCCACUGAUGGCCCACCUGAAGGCGGAAACAAACAGUACUCUCUCUAACCCUCCACCAUCGCCUGUCGGGGAGGAAAACUGUGAAGGUAAUACGGACUAUGAGGCGGAAAACAUACACGUGAACGUCACCAGUCCGGAGAAACCAUUGCAGCACGUAAAUGACAGCGACAAAGAUACGGAUGGUGGUGGUGAUGAUGUGGAAAAACCACAGUCCCGGCCAUCGGUGGGGUCCGGCAUUCCACAGCGGAACGUGGCCAGCUAUGGUGAGGAAGACUGUCUAGACAUUACGUGCGACGAUAUGGAUCUUUUCUAGCACCAAACAGUGUGACCAUUGUGGCUUAAAUUUUGCAUCUCUCCCACUGGCCAUCGAAUUCGGCCCAGUGAAAGCGCCUAC